AUGUACGCUGACUUGGUGACGGACUGUGCAUUAGAGCAUGCAGAUGUUGACCUGGGAGCCGGGCUCCCUCUGCAACUGAACGUGCCUGAGCGCUUUGCGCAAGUUGUCAACGGCGUGUACCGAUCUGGCUAUCCAGGUGCAGGGCACCUGGAUGUUUGGAAGGCCAUUGGCAUCAAGACUAUCCUCCGCUUUGUUGAGGAGGGCUACGCUUCGGCAGUCAAGGUUUACCUUGCUGAAAAUGGUGUCCGCAGUCUCUGUGUGCCAAUUGUGCCCAAUAAGGAAGGCUCUGUUAAGUCGGCCCACCAGACUGUAGACACAGUCAUGGAAAUUCUCAUGGAGCCAAAGAACCAUCCAAUCGUUGUGCACUGCAAUCAGGGCAAGCACCGAACCGGCUCGAUGAUCGGAUGUUUCCGAACCCUGCAGGGCUGGGAACACGAAGACAUCGUGACCGAGUACCGCCACUUCGCUGGUGGCAAAGCCCGUGCCCUAGAUGAGGUAUUCAUUAAGGCCUACGAGCCCAGCCCCUCGGUCCGCAAGACCGCAGAGAACCUGAAUGUUGCCUCAUGGGUGAUUGCCACAGAUGCUUUGACCGGAAACUCUCCCAGCGAGAGCCAUGCGCUGUCUCACGAUGAGAACAAGGCUUAA